GAGCAGGCUGCGGGCUGGGCCCUCCCCGUCCCGCCGGCCUCUCGCGAUGUUGCUAAGGCCCCUGCGAGACUCGGCAGCGGGCGCCGCCGGUUGCUACGGGCCGCGAUCGGAGGAGACGUGCGGCCGCCGCGAAGGGAAGACACCGCCGCCUCGAGAUGUCUCAGUUUACAAAUGAAGAUGAAGCUAUGAUACAGUCCAUGCUUAGACAAUUGCUGCAAAGUGUGAAGGAAAAAAUCACUGGGGCUCCAUCAGUGGAAUGUGCAGAAGAGAUUCUCUUGCAUUUGGAGGAAACUGAUGAAAAUUUUCACAACUAUGAAUUUGUGAAAUACCUUAGGCAAUAUAUAAAUAAUACUCUGGGAUCUGUGAUAGAAGAAGAAUCAGAAAAAUGUACUUCUGCUCAAAAUCAGAGUGAAGUUUCUGGCUAUGAUACUCUUGUCCAACAUGUUACUAAGAAGACACGUGAAUCAAUGCAGCUUACAACUGAAGAAGAACUGAAAAACAAACUAACAACAAUUAGAACUGAUCUGUUGUCUCAAGCACAGAUCUUCCCUUCAAAUGGAUUUACAUUUUUCCUGCUUAAGAACCUCUCAGGAUACAGAGAAAUGAUGCAUGCCUUGAAGAAUGUCAUGAUGGUUGUGGUAGAGUCUUUAAUUAACAAGUUUGAAGAAGAUCGGAUGUGUAAUAAGGAGGUGGAUAGUAAAACGAAGAAAAAAUGUCAAAGUGAUUAUUAUACAGACAACUGUUCUGACAGUGACUCUUCGUUCAAUCACGUAAAUGCAUUUUCUCUCUCUGAAAGUUAUACAUUCAUGAGUCAAGAACAAUUGCAGCUGCUUGUGGAAAAGCUUGACCCUAUUCAGCCUAAGGAAGUUCGCCAGGAAGCACUGCAGACACUGUGCUUGGCCCCUCCAACUGAUGUACUGAACUCUGAGUGUUGGCCAAAUCUGCGUAAGCACCUAACGAUGUCUCUGUCAGAUCCUGAUGCAAUAUUCAGUGAGAAAAUUCUUAGGUUUUAUGCAAAAACCUUUUCUUCAUCUCCAUUUAAUAUGACAAGAGAAGUCUAUACAAGUUUAGCACAGCAUUUGGAGUUUUACUUCCUUUCUGGGGAAUAUUCUCUUGGUCUUUCAUCAGGUCUGGAUGUAUCUAACGCAGACAUAAAUCAUAUACUUAAGAAGGUUCGUCUUUUAAAUGAAUACCAAAAGGAAGCUCCAUCUUCCUGGAUUCGUUAUCCGGAAAAGUACAUGGAGGAAAUAGUGGAGAGUACUUUGUCACUGUUGUCAGUAAAACAUGAUCCUAAUCAUCCUGCCUCUCCAGACUUCCUAAGUCCAAUCUACUUCUUGGCUCUGCUGGAUAUCAAGGCUAUAUGGUUUAAAAAGUGGAUGCAUGCACAUUACAGCAGAACAGUGAUACUUAGGCUUUUGGAAAAGAAAUAUAAAUCUUUGAUUAAUGCAGCUGUCCAGCAAUGCCUUGAUUAUUUUGAAUUUUGCAAGACAGCAGUUAGUAAAACUUCCAGAGCCAAUGACUUCUCUCAGCAGCAUUCUAAUAAUGAGCAGAAGUGUUUUUAUACUGGAUCAGAAUUGCAGUACAUCUAUUUUGUUCAUUCACUAUGCCUUUUAGGCAGAUUGUUGAUCUAUAAGCAAGGCCGAAAUCUCUUUCCAGUACAGCUGAAAACCAAAAAAGAUUGCAUAUCCCUAACUGAUCUGUUGGUGUUAUUUACUCAACUUAUUUAUUACUCUCCAAGUUAUUCAAAGGCGGCUUUGACAGCACAUACAGACAAUUAUUCUCCAGCAAGUCUCGUUAUGGAGAUUCUGCAAGUUUUUUGUGAUCAAACAGGGUGUGCUGCUGACUGUUUAUAUACGGAUGCAGUGAUGGAUGCCCUACUUGAUCCUCUUCGAAGUUUACUGAAUGGUACAGAGGUAUAUAUAAAUUGCCUUGAAACCACUUUAAUUGAUGUAGCUGAUAUUUUGGCAAGGAUUGCUGCUGCAGAAGAUGGUCUUUCUGUUCUUCUUUAUGGAGGAAAUAAAAACUCUGCGAAAGAAAAUAGUUCUACAGCUGUUCAUGUCAUUGUUCAGUUUACAAAGAAACUUCUUCAUGACGACAUUUCUCUUUUAUCUGGAUCCGAGCUUUUGCAAGUUGUUAAAGGAGCUUUCAUUUUUGUAUGUCGUCAGAUGUACAGAACAUGUGAAGGCCUGCAGAUGCUAAUUCCUUAUGGCUUGCAUGAAUCAAUUGGAGAGGCCUGGAAAAAGGCAAAUUUGCUUUCAGAAAGAGUACCUACUCCUGUAGCUGGUGCAGGCUCCACAUCAUCAAUAAGUGUAGACUCAAAAAAUGUUUUGUUAUGGGAAGAGACUUUGCUAGAUGCCUUGGUAAAUUUUUCAGCCACACCUAAAGGACUAUUUUUGCUUCAUAGUACCGGGGCCAUGAGUGACUGUGUGAGCUUCAUGUUCAACAGUUUAUCAAAAAAUCUCCAGACAAAUGAAUGUGAAGAAUUUGGUAAUGAAGUGAUUGUUGCACAAAUGGCGACAACACCAACAGCUGCAUUAGCUCUACAGAGUUCAGAACAAAUAUCUAUUUUAGGGUUUAUAAAGGCUUUUGUUACUGAACUGUGGGCUCUUUUGGAGUGUGGAAAAGAUGAUGUGAGGAUAACUCAACCCAAAUCUACUCCAGUUGACCCUAUUGACCAAAGCUGUCAGAAGUUUUUUCUGUAUCUGAUAAACUUGCUCACUUACCCUGCUGUUUUUGAGCUACUGAGUAAACAGGAUAUACCAAAUAAACCAGUGUAUUCACACCGUGAAGUACCUACAGACAUUAUUAGUAUCAUUGACAGAAUUAUAAUUUUGAACUCAGAAGCAAAAAUUCAUUCCUUAUUCAAUUAUGAACAGUCGCAUGUCUUUGGUCUACGGUUGUUAAAUGUGCUGUGCUGUGAGCUUAAUACCCUUUUGCUCUUGGAGGCUCAGUAUAAAGUAUCACAAGUCUUACUGACUGCUCAGGAAGAAAAUGUCACAGAAACUUCAGAAGGUCCAGGAGAUUUUAUCGUUGAUAGUCUAUCAGUUGAGAGAAACCAUGUUCUUGUUAGAAUAAAUCUCAUUGGAGGACCACAGGAAAGGAUUUUGCCUUUGAGAGGACUAGAUAAGGGCAGUGAUCCAUAUCCUUGGCCAAUGUUUUCAUCAUUCCCUUUGCCGAAGUGCUAUCUUGCAGAAGUUCCUAGGAAAACUGAAUUCAGACAAGAUAAAGAUCUUGAAAAGCUGUUAUCAAUCUUAAAAAAUCCAGGUGAACAAACUGAGUGGGCAGAAAUUUGCAGAAGACAAUUCUGCAAAAUCAUGAAAGCCAGACCAGAGAUCUUCAGUGGAACAAUUUUGGCAGAAUUAAUUCAAAAAUUCGUUUUACAUCUUUCUGAGAGUCGAUCGAAUUGUUAUUUCAGUAUGGGAAGCUAUGAAGCUACAGAUGCAGAUGUGAAGAAAGAAAGCCUUUCAUCGGUGCAGCAGCUUGGUAUUGAAAUGACAGUCAGAUAUGGAAAAUAUCUGAACUUGCUAAAAGAACAUGCUGAAAAUGAGCUGUGCUUCGUGUUAAUGAAUUGUGAACAAUUUCUGAAACAACAGCAAAGAACUGUGGUAUCCUCACUUCGCUGUUUGCAGGGACGCUAUGCUGGCUAUGACUGGUUUGCAUCCUCUGCGUUCCUCAUAAUGUCAGGGGAUGGGAAGAAAACUCUAACCUUUCUUCAGCAAUUUUCUCGUCUUCUUGUUUCAGCAUUUCUCUGGGUACCAAGACUGCACAUGUCUAUGCACCUGCCUAUUACCACAGUGGAAUCUGGCAUCCAUCCAGUCUACUUUUGCAGUGCCCACCACAUUGAGAUGUUGCUGAAAGCUGAGUUGCCACUUGUCUUUUCUGCCUUCCACAUGUCUGGUUUCUCUCCAUCCCAGAUUUGUCUACAAUGGAUAACUCAGUGUUUCUGGAACUACAUGGACUGGAGUGAGAUCUGUCAUUAUAUCGCUACAUGUAUUUUCCUUGGUCCUGACUACCAGGUUUAUAUGUGUAUUUCUGUGUUCAGACACCUACAGCAAGACAUCCUGAAGCAUACUGAAGCCCAAGAUCUCCAGGUUUUUCUUAAAGAAGAAGCACUCCAUGGAUUUCGAGUGACUGAUUAUCUAGAAUACAUGGAAAGCUUGGAGGUGAUCUACAGACCAGUGCUGCUGAAAGACAUGAGGAACAUCACCGUGCAGAAUAGAUAGAUCAAGCAUGACAGAUUCUUUAGCUUUGGUUACAUUCUGUAAAAGAUGUUGAUUAUUUCGUAUAAAAACCUGCAGUAAAAUAAGUCAGGCUAUGUAUAUGUACAUCCUGUAAAAUAAGUAGGGUUUUCAGAAUAUAGUUCUUACAAAAGGUCUUCAUUGAAAUUGGAUUACCUAAAAAUACAGUAUUUUUCCAGACUGAUCAUAUGCAUAGCCUCAUUUUUAUUUGGCGUAAAGCAGAUUCAGAACCCACCUGUGGAUUGUUGAAAUGUCUUCCUUGAAAUGCCUAGAACCUGUUUCCAAAUCAUUGCAUUACUGUCAUAUUCAUGCAGCACAGUCCUAAAGCCUCUAUAUUUUGUACAGGUCUGACAAACUGAUUUUUUUUUAGAAGCAAGUGUUAGUGCAUAAUUUAUAUGCAUGAGAAGUGAACAAAUGAAAAAUAAAUUCCCUGUACAGAGCUCUUUUGACCUUGUGGAUAUCGUUGAGAAAGUGGAGUGAUCAAAUGCAUGGAAUGAAAGAAGACUGAUAAUUCUGCCUUACACUUUCUACCAGUGUAGGUAAAAUUUUAACAUUGUUGAAGUUGACUGAAUUUCAGAAGAAACAUGGUUUUCUUUAAGAACACUGUAUCCCAUUUGCUCUAGGAAAGGCAGCUAAGUAAACAUUCUAACAGCUUUCUUUUCUGUAUUACAUUAUGUCACUGUUAAGCAUUAUUUAAGAAAUUAAGAAAAUUAAGAAAUGUAAGUAUUUGUGCACCAAUUAGUAGUUGUUUUCUGAAUCCAAAUUUCAAAGCACCAAACAUGAUGUUGAGUGAAUAAAUAUAUCUGUCAAAUUAAUAAA